GCAACAAGACUUUCUUUGAAACAGGUUCUUCUAGUAUUUAAGUACGACCAUGCAGAAUCACACGGUAAUUCUAAAAUUUUCGCUGACACUUUUAAUUAUACAAUUAAUAAAAAUUGCGUCUUCAAACGAAACCAACUCAACCUUGCGACUAGUCCAUGUUCUUUUUCGCCAUGGCGACAGAACCACCGAUGCCAGAACUUUGUAUCCGAAGGAUCCCUUCAUCAACGAAACGUAUUAUCCUUACGGCCUCGGAGAAUUAACAAAUAAAGGUAAACAAAAAGCUUACAAAGUGGGGAAAGCUCUACGCAAAAGAUAUGGCGCUUUUCUGGGCGAAAUUUACUCCCCGGACAUCCUGGAAGCUCAAAGUUCCGACACCAAUCGAACAAAAACAUCACUUCAGCUGGUUUUAACCGGAUUGUUUCCUCCUGUUGGCGACCAAAUCUGGGAAUCUGGUUUAAACUGGCAACCCAUACCGUUCAAUGUCUUACCUCGAAGACAAGAUUCUAUUUUCUUCGGUUUGACUUGUUCCACUUUCAAGCAAAAAUUCGCCGAGAUUGUCACCGCACCCAAAUGGCAAAAGGAGUUCAAAAAACACAAAACAACGUUUGACUACAUUGCGGAAAAUACCGGGCUUGAGGUUAAUAAUUAUUUCGAUGUUUUUCAUUUAUAUCUGUGUCUAACGACUGAGAAAGAGUUCGGCUUCACUCUUCCGGAAUGGACGAAAAACGUCUAUCCUCAGCCACUCAAAGAUUUUGCCAUCAAAACGUACGAACUCAUGAGUGCCACAAGUGAACUGAGGAGACUGUCUUCGGGAGGUAUGUUGAAAAAAAUCGUCGACGAUUCGAAGGCCAAAAUUUCGGGGGAGUUGGUGCCCAAAAAUCGCAAAAUUUUUCUCUACUCGGGACAUGAGGUCAAUCUCGCCAAUAUGUUGCACACUUUGGACGUUUUUGAGCCCCAAAUACCACCCUACAGUUCUUACAUUUUGUUUGAGCUUCAUGUUAUUAACCGCGUUCCUGGAUUUAAGAUUUAUUACGAAGAUUACACUUCUGCGCAACCCCAACCGAUCAAACUUCCGGCCUGUGAUGAAUUUUGCCCUUUGGACCAGUUUAUUGACCUACUGUCCGAGUAUUUUCCCCGUCAGGACGCGUGUAAUGGAAAUCACAAAUAAUUCAGGAUGCUAAUUUGGAUCUUUCCUCGUCUGGAGUCCACAUCAGGAAGGACAACAAGUCAAAUCCCAAAUAAACAACCAUCAAAAUCAGAACGUGUCUCUCGGUUAACGUCGGCAAACUUUGAAAAAGUGUGUCCGUGUUUGUGUAAAUUCUGGAAAUAGUUUGCAUAUUUUCUACAAAGAAUUUUGUUGUAAUUUUAAAUCCCCAAUAAAUAAUCUUGACACUG